CGUCAGGUGAAACUCGUUCCGAGGGGAAAGAGGAGGACGGAUGAACUCACUUCGUUUUGAACUUUGCGGCAAGUCUUUUUUAUACUUUUUUUUAAUGAAUUUAUUAGCCGAAGGGAACUUCUAACACCCAGGAGCCAACGACGUCCAAGAUGAAGAGCCUGAAGUACCGAUUGAAAAAGCACGAAGUGACCAUCACAAACACAGACUGGAACAAGUAUGAUGAUCGGCUGAUGAAGGCGGUGGAACGUGGCGAAGUGGACAAGGUGGCUGCUGUUCUCGGGAAGAAGGGCAUCCUCCCCACCAAGCUUGACGUGGAAGGGCGCUCUGCGUUUCAUUUGGCUGCAACACGAGGACACCUAGACUGUCUCAAACUCAUCCUGGGACACACUGUUGAUGUCACUGCGACUGAUGCCACGGGUAAAAAUGCUCUUCACCUGGCGUCAAGAAACGGACAUUCUCUGUGUGUGCAGAAACUCUUGCAGCACAACUGUCCAGUUGGAAAUGUGGACCUACAAGGAAGAACAGCUCUACAUGAUGCUGUAAUGGCCGGCUGCCCAUCCAGCGUGAAACUUCUCUGUGACAGCGGGGGUUCUGUCAAUGCCACUGAUUUUGAUGGCAGGACACCUCUGGUGCUGGCAACCCAGAUGUGUCAUUCACGCAUCUGUCAGCUGCUGCUUGAGCGAGGGGCUGAUAUCACCAUACGGGACAAACAAAACAAGACGGCGCUGAUUCUGGGCUGCGAGUUCGCCUGUAAGGAUGCAGUGGAGGUGUUGCUGAAAAGCGGCACUGACGUGAAGGCGGUUGACAGCUUGGGUCAUGAUGCAUUUCACUACGCUCGCCUCAGCAAGAAUCAGGAGCUUGUUGGAAUGGUUAAAAGUUACCUUGACAAAGCCACGAGAGAUAAAGAGGCCGCAAGGAUUGAACAGUGGAAACGACAGCAUUCAGUGGAGAGAUCAGAGGCAACUGAGGCUAACAGACGGGAUCUGAUCGUACAUGACCUGGAGAAGCAGAACGAGACCCUGCAGGAAAAUCUCAGGAAGUACCACCAGGAGCAGAGAACCCUGAUAGAUAAGGUCAACAUACUACAGCAACAGCUCACACAGGAAAAAACGACAGUGGAAGACACUCAAAAAGAGAAGGACCACUUGAAGGUAUUACUCAGUGCAAAAGAGCGAGAGGAAGGAGCUCGAGGCCCAGAGACAGUCAAGGUCCAGCUCCGCAGUACUUUGGGAGACUACACUGGGCAGUCUGUUAUCAAAGGCAAAGAAAAUAUUUUGGUCAAACAAACUGCCAGUCUUGAUUCUGAUCAGAUGCUCCAGAAUCCUGCUAUGUCACGUUCACUGUCCAGACCUCUAGAGAAGAGUCCGCCAGCUGUCGCCUGGGACCUCUCCGGUGAACUGGAUGCACUCCGACAUGAACUUGAGGCUGUCAAGAGAAAUCAACAGGCAUCAGAGGAAGAGACAGCGCGGCUUCAAUCCGCCCUGAACCGUAAAAACCGUGAGUGCCAAGAACUGGUCCAAAGCCGAGACGCCAUCCAGAGACAGGCUGACCAGCAGGUUCAAGAGCUUGAGGAUGCCUUGGGAGACGUCCAGAAGAGGAUGCUGGACUCUGAGUGUAAAGUCAAGCAGCUACAAGCCCAUGUGGUCGCUGUUAAGGAACACUUAGGAGGCCAGGCGACGGAAGAACUGCGUGUCCAGCUCCAGGACAUCAAGGCCAAGUAUGAAGGUGCUUCAGCUGAAGUUUGUCGUGUUCGAAACCGCCUCAAACAGAGCGAGAAGGCCCUGGAGGAGUACAAGUCCAGCGAAAGCCAGCUCGCAGCUGAGGCAGAAAGUCUUAACCAAGAGGUGGGAGCUCUGACUGCAGAACGAGAUGAGCUUACAGAAACCCUUUUAGAAAUGGAAACCCAGUUGAAGGAGACCCAGACUAAACAUGGCAACACGGUACCCGCUGAGAAAUUUGACAACAUGAAAAACCUGCUGAGCAAUGCAGUUGACGAGAAGGAACGACAGCUCGCUGAGCUGAGGGAAGACUACGACCGUGUGCUGGAGGAGGUGGCAGAGCUCCAUCGAAAGCUUGAUAGUCCGUCAUCCCAGGGAGGAUCAGGGGCGAUGUCUGCUGAGGAGCAACAGAGGAUACGGGCUGCUCUCGAAGAGCAAAAUGCUUCGCUGAAGAGGAAACUGGUGGAUGUCACCGCCAAAAGCCAGGCUCUAAUUCAGGAGGUCGAGGAGAGUGAAGAGGAAAGAGAUAUACUACGAGACCAGCUGGAUGAGCUCAACAGCAGGAUUGAGAUCGACUUUAUGCCCGUAAAGGAUCACGAGGAAGCUCGGAGAAACAUGGUAACAGCUUUGGAGGAGCUGGAGGACAAACUGGUGGAAGCCAGUGAACGUUACGGAAAAGCAGAGGGGCAAGUCCAGCAGCUUCAAACGGAGAGGGCUACGCUGCAGGAGAAUAUCAGGAGUGUCCAAACAGCCCGGGAGAAACACCAGAGUGACAUGGAAGCUCUGAGGUCUCAGAAUGCCGAUCUGACGAAGAAACUUGAACUGCAACAGAAGAGAUGCGAAGACCGAGACAAAGAGUGUGUACAGCUGACCACACAGAGCCAGACUCUGAAACAGAGCUUGGAGGGAGAGUAUGUUUCCAGGCAGCAGCACGAGCAAGUGAAGAUGGAGUUAAGUUCCACAUUAGAAAGAGUGAAAGCUGAGAUGUUGAAGUUGGAGACCAAGGAAAAAGAAAGUGGGGAAGAAUUGAAGAAUGUGAAAGAAGGAAAUGAUAAGUUGAAAGAAGAGUUGGAAAAAGUUCUUUUGGAAAUUAAAAAAAACUACAUAAGCAUAGAAGACCACAAAGCGACGACAGACAAACUGAAUGCAGCUGUGGUUGAGGCGGAGAAUAGAACAAAACAAGUGUCAGAUAUGCAUGUGUUGGCCCAGGAGGAAACGGCGAAACUUACCCAAGAAUUAGAGGCCCAGAAGAAAGAACUUGAUACCAUACAGGAGGCUAUUCAGUCCAAGUUUAUUCCACUGACGGCGGCUGAGGAGAAAGAACACUCUUACAGCGCCCAGGUGAAGGAGCUGACAGUCAAGCUGUUGGACAUGGAAGAGAAAUACAACAAAGAACGGUCUGCUGGAGAGAGCGGCAAGCAGGAGAAAGAGAAACUAAAACUUGAGAUAGAAUCUGUCCAACAAACACUGGACAUUGCUUUAGUUACCAGAGAAAAGCACAAGGAAGUGGAGGAAGAGUUUGUGGGUAAAUAUGAGGAACUGACUCAGCAGUUGGUCAGAUUGGAGCAGCAGCAUGAGGAAGUUACACUUCAGAGAGCCGAUCUUCAAGACCAGAAUGCCCUCUGCAACACCCAGAUCCAGAAUCUCCAGGAGCGUCUGAAAUCGGAGUUGACCCGAAUAGCGACAUAUGACUCGGAGCUUAAAGCCCUCAAUGAUGCCAUGCAGCAGGCCCAGGCCGAUUGCAAGAAGGCAAGAGAGACUCAGCAGGAGGAGGCCCAGAGGGUUUGUGCCUUGCAGAAAGAACUGCAGCAGCAGCGUGGGGAUCAGACGUCUCUGCUGCAGCGACACGCCACUGCCAAGGAGGCGAUUGAGGCUGAAGUCGCCCAGCUUCAGAUGGCUCUCCGUGAAGAGGAGGAGAACAACGCCCAGAGGGCCGAAGAUGUGGCUGCCCUGCAAUCUGAGCUCCUUCAGGCCACACAGGCUCUGGAGGACAUUCGCUACAAGGAAGACCAAAUGAACCAGCUGAAGAAGGAGAAGCGGCAGCUGGAGGAGGAGGCUGCCAACCUGAGCAACAAGCUACUGAGCUUAGCAGAAGAGUGCGAAGAGGCCCACCAGGAGGCGACACAGGCAAGGGAGGGUGAGGGCAAGGCCCGGGCAGAGAGGGAGGCUCUCCAGGAGAAGGGAUGUGCCAUCGAGAGAGAAAUUAGAGAGCUGAAAGGGAGAUACGACGAGUCGCUCAGCACCAUCUGUGAUCUUCAGAGGAGGAUUCAGACUUCAGCUCAGCAGACUGAAGCCAAAGAUAAGAAGAUCACAGAGUUGCUGACAGACGUUGAGCGAUUGAAGCAGGCACUGAACGGUCUGUCCCAGCUGGCCUACACAAGCAACACACCCAACAAGAGGCAGACGCUGCACAUCGACACACUCCAGGCUCAGAUCAAGAACCUACAGCAGCAGCUGGCUGAUGCUGAGAGGCAACACAGGGAGGUGGUUUCAAUUUAUCGAACUCAUCUUCUCAGUGCAGCGCAGGGCCACAUGGAUGAGGACGUCCAGGCCGCCUUACUACAGAUCAUCCGCAUGAGAGAGGAGUUUGUGUGUUAAAGUUUCCUCCGACAAAACACAAUGAUACCUACGGACUCAGAUUCACGGUUUUCACAGUGUCACUUGCUGUGGCCCCUGUGGGUGCUCAGUGUGUGUGUGUGUGUGUGUGUGUGUGUGUGUGUGUGUGUGCGCGCGCGUGCGUGUCUGUUUG